AUGGUUGAGUUAUUAACAGAAUCUCUUAGACAACAACAACGAAGUCAACAACUCCCACUUCCUCCUCCACUACUAGUGCAAGUUAAGCCAAACAACAAUGAUGACAUGAUAGCCCUAACCCAGAAAUUCAACAUAAUGAAGCCACCGACCUUUCAAGGAGGUAUUGAGCCUUUGAAAGCCAAGGCGUGGAUCUUAGAACUUGAAAAGUUGUUUGAAGUUUUCUCGUGCUCGGAGGCACACAAAGUUUUACUGGCAACCUUCACUUUACAAGAAGAAGCAAGACUGUGGUGGAUGCUUAUUCGAGACAACAGUGGUUCAAUGACAUGGGCUCAAUUUAAAGAAGCUUUUUAUGAGAAAUAUUUUUCCCAGUAUGUCUGUGACCGCAAAGUGUUUGAAUUUGAGCAACUGAAGCAGGAUAUUAUGUCUGUGGCUGAAUAUGAAACUAAGUUCACGAAACUUGCUCAGUACGCUCCACACAUGGUAGAUUCUGACUAUAAGAAAACCAGAAAAUUUAUGAGUGGACUCAAUGUCGAAGUGCUCGAUCAGGUCAAUGUUCUUAAGUUAACAAAAUAUGUGAAUGUUCUUGAUUGA